AUGUCCGAGCCCGGAGCCCCCGCGGCCGGUGACAAAGCGACCCGGCUCCAGUGUAUCCCCCGUAUUCCCUAUAUUCCCGGUGUUCCCGGUGUUCCAGGCUCUCUCCCGCCGCAGGACCGUGUCCUGGGUGGGCUGCGCUGGGCCCGCCUGCAGGAGCCCCUGGGCUUCAUCAAGGUGCUGGAAUGGCUCUUCGCCAUCUUCGCCUUCGGCUCCUGCGGCUCGUUCAGCGGCGAAACGGGGGCCACGGUGCGCUGUGAGAGCGGGGCCACGACGGUCAUCGCAGUCCAGUUCGGCUACCCCUUCAGGUUAUACCAGAUUCCCUUCGGGAUGCCGGACUGCCAGGAGGAGUCCGAGGCCCGCACUUUGUACCUGGUGGGCGACUUCUCUGCCCCCGCCGAGUUCUUCGUGACCCUGGGGGUCUUCUGCUUCCUCUACUCCAUGGCAGCCCUGGUGCUCUACCUCCGCUUCCAUUCCCUCUACUCCAACAACACCAAGCUCCCCUUCGGGGAUUUCUGUGUCACCGUGUGCUUCGCCUUCUUCUGGCUGGUGGCGGCGGCCGCCUGGGGGAAGGGGCUGAGCGAUGUGAAGGCGGCGACGCGUCCCGGGGCGCUGCUGGGGGCGAUGGGCGUGUGCCAGGACCAGGGGGUGCAGUGCGGGCCGGGCCCCACGCCCGCCAUGGGGCUGGCCAACAUCUCCGUG